AUGACUGAGGCAGGGGAUUUGGCGAACAAUGAGAACCUAAGAAUGAAAUAUUUCCCUAGUUCUUUAACAAAGAAUGCCUUCACGUGGUUUAUAACUUUUCCACCAAAUUCCAUAGAUGCUUGGCCUCAUUUGGAGAUAUUAUUUCAUGAGCAAUUCUACAUGGGCCAAACUAAGAUAAGUCUUAAGGAAUUAGCCAGUAUUAAAAUAAAACUCAUUGAACCUAUAGAUGAUUAUCUGAAUAGGUUCCGUUUGUUGAAAUCUAGAUGCUUUACAGUCGAACGUUUAAAAGCUGAAAAGGUCAGAGCGAAUAAGAAUUAUAAGAAAGAAAGGGUUGCUUAUGUCGAAGUCGAAGAUGAGGAGUCUGAAAUCUUUAAUGACCCUUAUGGUCUCGAGGAAUUCGAAGUAGAUUUGGCCGAAUUAAAAGAAGCACCACCUUAUGCUUGUAAAUUACUUACACCUUCGAAUGGCAGGAACCCUGUCGAAACUGAAAAUAAUGAUAGAUUUCCUAAAAAGACUUACACAUUUGAUGUUACCAAAUGUGAUGAAAACUUUGAUUUAUUAGUAAAAGAUGGCCAAAUGGUAGUGCCUCAUAAUAUCAAAAUUCCUCUGUUAGAACAACGGAAGAAAAGAGGCUUCUGUAAAUAUCACAAUUUUUUAGGCCAUAAAACCUCACAAUGCUUUCUUUUCAGGGAUCUUAUUCAGAAUGCAAUUAAGGAUGGCCGCCUCAAGUUCGCUGACAGGGGGAGAAACCAGAUGAAGGUUGACGCUGACCCCCUCAACAUUGCUGACACAAAUUAUGUUGAACCUGCUGAAAUCAACAUGAUUGACAUGGUGGAAGUGGAGGUUGUGAAGGAAACAGGAACUGAAGGCUAUGUGCUAGUUGGAAAGCAGGCUACUGAUGCUCUAAAUAAUGAUGUUCCCUUUGGAAUCUCUAUCGAAGGUGAACAGGUUGUUGAUGUCGAACCAAAGGCCAUUGGAGGUCUUAAUGGGAAGGCAACUGAGGGCCUAAGGAAGAAAUUUGAGGAAAUUUCAAUCGCUGAUGGCGCCAAUCUAGGUGUCAACAUGGUGGAUCUGAACUAA